UCAAAAUCCGAUCUUUAGGGUUUGGUUUUCUUCAAUUUGUCUUGAAUUUGCGUUUUGGAUUUUGUGGAGAUUGAUUGGUUUUAGGGAGGUUGUGAUCGGAAACUGCGGAAAUGGGGUUGAUUUCAGGGAUUCUGUGCACAAUUAAAAGAGAUCCAUAUGUGUGUAUGGUUGUCGAAACCAGUUAUUUAAGUGAUAUUGGCCUAUAAGAAAACUAUUUUCUUUUGCAGCGUGAUGAAGAGGACAUGGUGGAUCUUGGUAGAAAUUGCUAGGUUGAGUUCAAGGAGUACUAUGUCCAAAUGCAAGCUGGCAAAAGAAGCCAAGCACCUGUUCCUUCACAGGGAUAAAGAAGGAAAUUGGAGCAUUGCAAUUAAAAUUGUUGAGAUAAAGAGAACUGAUAAAACAGGAAAUGAGAGAGUGGUUGGAAGUGUCAUUACAGCGAGAGAUCGCUGGCUAAAACCUGGAGGUGUUAUACUUCCUUCAAAUGCAAUGGUAUUUUCUUUAUCUCUUUGGUCUUUCAAUUAUUGUGACAGUACAUCUUUAGUUAUGAGAUCUAUACACGGUUGCUGCUUUAAUGUCAUUGAAUUGACAAUCAUUUCAACCUCAUAUGUUGUUAACUUGUGGAUUAUCAACUAGAGUAUGCAGCUUCGUCUAUAUAUUUUUGUACAACAUUAGAUGCUAAAUGAAUUUGGUUCUGUAAUGCUGAUUUUGUCGUUGAAUGCUUGCAGUUGUACAUAGCACCUUUCACACAUGUUGAUAGAUAUAGUGAAAGCAUUGAUUUCUGGCAGAAUGUUUAUGGAAUUGAUAGUGAGUACACACCUUACUUACUAACAUGAUAAUCAGUUGUGAAAAUGUUUGGAAUUACAUGGAUUUGGUUUGUUGGGUCUGUAAAGAGGAUGCUUUUUUGCGAU